GGUCCCCGCUGGCCUGGGAGGCGCCCGCGAGCGGCCUGACCGUCUGCGGAGCCGCCCGCGGCCGCUGGAGAAGAUGCCGUACCUGGGCUCCGAGGACGUGGUGAAGGAGCUGAAAAAGGCUCUGUGUAAUCCCCACAUUCAGGCUGAUAGGCUGCGCUACCGGAAUGUCAUCCAGCGAGUGAUUAGGCACAUGACACAGGGCUUGGACAUGUCUGGUGUUUUCAUGGAAAUGGUGAAGGCCAGUGCCACUGUAGAUAUUGUGCAAAAGAAGUUGGUUUAUCUCUACAUGUGCACGUAUGCCCCUCUGAAACCAGAUCUGGCUCUCCUGGCCAUCAAUACACUGUGCAAAGACUGCUCGGACCCCAACCCGAUGGUACGUGGGCUGGCCCUGCGGAGCAUGUGUAGCCUCAGGAUGCCUGGUGUGCAGGAAUAUAUCCAACAGCCUAUUCUCAACGGUCUGCGGGAUAAGGCUUCGUAUGUCAGGAGGGUGGCAGUCCUUGGAUGUGCCAAGAUGCAUAAUCUUCAUGGAGACUCUGAAGUGGAUGGUGCCCUGGUAAAUGAGUUAUACAGUUUGCUGCGUGACCAGGAUCCAAUUGUGGUUGUGAACUGCCUGAGGUCACUAGAGGAAAUUCUAAAGCAGGAGGGAGGCGUUGUCAUCAAUAAGCCCAUCGCCCACCAUCUCUUAAAUCGCAUGUCCAAACUGGAUCAGUGGGGCCAGGCUGAAGUGCUGAACUUCCUGCUGCGCUACCAGCCCCGCAGUGAGGAGGAGCUGUUCGACAUUCUUAACCUGCUGGACAGCUUUCUCAAGAGUAACAGCCCGGGGGUGGUGAUGGGAGCCACCAAACUUUUUCUGAUCUUGGCAAAAAAGUUUCCCCACGUACAGACUGAUGUGCUUGUGCGGGUCAAGGGGCCCUUGCUGGCUGCCUGUUCUUCAGAGAGCCGCGAGCUCUGCUUUGCUGCCCUCUGUCACGUGCGCCAGAUCUUGCACAGUUUGCCAGGUCACUUCAGCAGCCACUACAAAAAGUUUUUUUGCUCCUACUCGGAGCCCCACUACAUCAAGCUUCAGAAGGUGGAGGUGCUGUGUGAUCUGGUGAACGAUGAGAACGUACAGCAGGUGUUAGAGGAGCUUCGAGGGUACUGCACCGACGUGUCUGCUGACUUUGCCCAGGCUGCCAUCUUUGCCAUAGGUGGUGUUGCCAGGACUUAUACAGAUCAGUGUGUACAGAUUCUAACAGAGUUGCUGGGGCUUCACCAAGAGCAUAUUACCACAGCGGUGGUGCAGACGUUCCGAGACCUGGUUUGGUUGUGUCCUCAGUGUACUGAAGCUGUGUGUCAGGCCCUGCCCGGCUGUGAGGAGAAUAUUCAGGAUAGUGAGGGGAAGCAGGCACUUAUUUGGCUGCUUGGGGUCCAUGGGGAAAGAAUCCCCAAUGCUCCCUAUGUGUUGGAGGACUUCGUGGAGAACGUGAAGUCGGAGACAUUUCCAGCCGUUAAGAUGGAGCUACUCACUGCUCUGCUGCGCCUUUUCCUCUCACGCCCUGCUGAGUGCCAGGACAUGCUGGGACGCUUGUUGUAUUACUGCAUAGAGGAAGAAAAGGAUAUGGCUGUACGGGACCGAGGUCUCUUCUAUUAUCGCCUCCUCUUAGUUGGCAUUGAUGAAGUCAAGCGGAUCCUGUGUAGCCCUAAAUCUGAUCCAUCUCUUGGACUGUUAGAGGAUCCUGCAGAAAGACCCGUGAAUAGCUGGGCCUCAGACUUCAACACGCUGGUGCCCGUGUAUGGCAAAGCGCGCUGGGCAACUAUCUCUAAAUGCCAGGGGGCAGAGCAUCAUGUUCUAGAGCUCCCUAACACCGCAUCCUUUGCCACAUCAGGACCCCUGAUUCCUGAAGCGAACAAGGAGACGGUGCAAGAACUUCCCGAGUCUGGGGCUCUCACGCUAGUCCCCAGUCGCCAUCUUACUGCAGAGUAUUUUGAGAAAACCUGGCUGAGCCUCGAGGUUGCUCAUCAGCAGGUGCUGCCUUGGCAGGGAGCAGCCCAGCCUGGCGCCCUCCAGAUGGCUCUUCAAGUAGUGAACAUUCAGACCAUGGCAAUGAGCAGGGCUGGGGCUCAGCCGUGGAAAGCAUACCUCGGUGCCCAGGACAAUACUGGCUGUCUGUUCUUAGCAGAACUGCUGUUGGAGCCUGAGAACUCAGAAAUGCACAUCUCUGUGAAACACAGUGAAGCACAGACUGAGACACUGACCAGCUUUAUUUCUGUAUUAGAAACUGUGAUUGGAGCAAUUGGAGACAUAAAGUCAUAACAGAUUCUUAC